AUGGCAAUUAAUGCCAAGCUAUAUCAAAAGGAUAGUCCAGAAUUCCAUGAUCCAACACUAUAUCGAUAUGUUGUUGGUGCUCUCCAGUAUCUUACUUUGAUGAGGCCGUACAUUGCAUUUUCAAUUAAUAAAGCAUUCAUUGAUAUCGACUGGGUUGGAAGCAUUGAUGACCGUAAGUCCACGAGUGGAUUUGCUAUCUUUCUUGGCAACAAUUUCAUCUCUUGGGCCUCUAAGAAGCAGCAGACAGUAGCUCGUUCGUCCACAGAGUGGGAAUACAAAGCUUUGGCAGAUGCGGCAGCUGAGUUAACAUAG